GUCAAUGGGGGGGGGGGCUGUCACAUUUUCAGUUGAAUUGAGUAAAAAAAAAAUCUGUGUUUUCCUCACACCAAAAUACCUAUAACCCUGUCACCAAACCCAAAGGGUUGUAUCCAAGUGAGUUUUAUUCAGAAAUUAGUCAUAUCCAUUUAUUCAAUAGGUCCACUCUGAAUAUGACUAAUAUUGGAUAGGCCUACAAUUCAAAGUAUUUAUAUAUAUAUUAUUGUGCCUUGGGAUGAACUCCAAAAUGCUCUUAGAAGGGAGUAAGCCCCAUUGAACACACUGGAACUUAACCUUUGAAAAAUAAGCACAUGGUUGCACUGUAAGAGUACAUUAGAAACAUUUAAGUUGAAAAAGAAUACUUAUUUUAAGUUCCAAAGUUUUUAUCUACUUACAAUUAACAUAUUCCUUAAAUUAUUACCUCUUCUCCCCAAGUGAUCUUGAAAAAAUCUACCCGUAGUUAGGGGAAAAUCUUGGGUGGGCAACCCUGAGUCAGUUGAAAGGAGUUGGAGCAGUACCAUUUUUGGAAGGUGUUGCAACCACUGGUGUUUAAAAUCCAGAACUUUUUGCAUUCUAAAACUAGUUACAGUAUUCUUUAAAUGAAUAUAUUACAAAUGUAGAAGUCUGGUUUUAUUUUGUUUUUAAGUACUAGAUGGGGCAAAUCAAUAUUGCUGGUGGGAUGGUUUAUGCGUAUGGACUGAGCCCAGCCAACCUGUGGCCUGCAAACCUUGAAAAUCUCAUUUUUCAUGAUUGUAAUUCACAUGAUUUAUUGCUUAAUCAAAUGGCCACUACAAUAAUAAGUAAAAUAAAAUUUAAUACAUUGCUGAUAUGACUCAGCAAUCAUAUCAUGCAUUUCAGUGUAUCUGUAGAAUCAAACCAGUCUCCCAGACAGUUUGUUUAUAAAGGCACCUCUCAGUUUUUGUGAAGCUACAGUUAACUGAACUAAUGUAAGUAAUAAUGUUAACACAAAUUUUCAAAAGGGACUUAAUUUUAUAAGACAUUUGAUAGCCCAGGUAACUGACAGGACAAAAAUCUUCUCCUGGGUAAUUUAACAAAUACUGUAAUGCUUAAUAGAAAAUAUUUCCCAUUGCUUUAUUAUUAGAAUGUAAAAAAUCCUUUGGUUCACCAGGCCUUUUAAGUUCAAACUAUCUAUGUACUGAGAGCAAAGGAGCUGGAACCUUGGUGUAAUAAAGCCUCUAUGCAAUUAACAGACUGCUUUCUCCUGAACACAGCUUUAUAAAUUGCAUGGUUCUUUUAUGUAAGGAUAGCAAGGAUACAAUCUAGCAAGCAAGUUUGUUUAGUUUGGGUUUUUAUUUUUAUUUUUUCAAAAUGUAGUAGAAAUUCCUGGCAAAAUCUCAGAAGCCAGGAAGAAGGCUCUGGAAGACUGGCAAAGGACAAGAGAAGGAUUUCAGUUCCUUUCACAUCUCCUUCAUCAUCCUAAUGACCAUAAGAAACAAAAUAAAUUAUCUUUGUAUUUCCAUUCUUGCAUUUAGUGCUAAAAACCUACCCACCCCCCACAUUAUUGGAAUUUUGGCUUCCCCUGCAGUGCUUGAGACCCAGGUAGCCUCAGUGGAUCUACAGAUUCUUCUUUUCGCCUCCUAGGGCUAAAAGAACUCACCAGUUUCCCUGCUGAUACCAAUGGACUGAUGGGUUUUGACACAAUUCAUAAAUAGAAUGUUAAAACAGUUAAACUGAAUUACAGUCAAGAAAGUAGUAUGGAUCUUAAAAUAUAUAUCUCAGCUGCCGAAGGCCAGGGUAAAGCAUACGAUGAAAACUAUAUAACAAAGGUGCCAAGUGCACCUCUGUGCGGAGGAAAUUCUACAACUUAGGAGCUGCCAUAGAGAAUGCCCUCUCCCAGGCUACCCCCGGGUGGUGGAAUUACUAAGAGAGCCUCCACUGCCAAUUUUAACACAUGAGAAAUUCUGCAGGGAAGGAAACAAUAUUUCAGAUAUUUGGGCCCUAUUUUAUUUAGGAUUAUAACACGGUCCUCCGUGUGCCAGUAGCGGUUUAGUCAUGCUGGUCACAUGACCUGGAAAGCUGUCUGUGGACAAACGCCGGCUCCCUCAGCCUGAAAAGCAAGAUGAGCGCCGCAUCCUAUAGUCACCUUUGAUAGGACUUAACCGUCCAGGGGUCCUUUACCUUUUUAUCUACAACACUAAUUGGGCCCAGAAGCUGGUAUAUCUAUUUUUUAAAAUAAAAAACAACAAAAGGGGUUAUGCAAGUUUUAAAUGGAAACUCAAUAAUCUGGCUGCUGAAUUUUUGACCAGUUGAAGUUUCCAAGUCAUCUACAAGGGCAGCCCCAUGUAAAGCAUGCUAUAAUAAAACAGUCUGAAAGUUGUUGUUGUUUAGUCAUUUAGUCAUGUCCGACUCUUCAUGACCCCAUGGACCAGAGCACGCCAGGCACUCCUGUCUUCCACUGCAUCCCGCAGUUUGGUCAAACUCAGGUUGGUAGUGUCAAGAACACUGUGUCCAACCAUCUCGUCCUCUGUCAUCCCCUUCUCCUAGUGCCCUCAAUCUUUCCCAACAUCAGGGUCUUUUCCAAGGAUUCUUCUCUUCUCAUGAGGUGGCCAAAGUAUUGGAGCCUCAGCUUCACGAUCUGUCCUUCCAGUGAGCACUUGGGGCUGAUUUCCUUCAGAAUGGAGAGGUUUGAUCUUCUUGCAGUCCAUGGGACUCUCAAGAGUCUCCUUCAGCACCUUAAUUCAAAAGCAUCAAUUCUUCGGCGAUCAGCCUUCUUUAUGGCUGAUCUGAAAGUUACAAGGUAAUAAAUUACAGUGGCCAGGUAACCUCUGUCCAAAAGAGGAUGUAGCUGGCAAACCAGAUGGAGCUGGAAAGAGGCACUCCACAUCAUCAAGGUCACUUGAACCUCCAGUGGCAAUGUUAUACAUCCAUUCAAUAAACAGAUUCAAGCUUUGUACUUGAAGAAAACAUCCAGAGCAAUCAACUUCUUGCUCAUGAGGCAAGAGCAUAAACAACUUGCAUUCACUGUAACAGUAUAGUUUUUAAAGAAAUAAGAAUAAAGGGGGGCAUAUGCCACAAUAUACUGAUGUACCCUGAAUCAUAACAAAAAAGAGAAAGUGUAGAAUAAUGUCAUACAAAUGCCAAUUAUUGAAAAUGACUACCUUCAAAGCAGCUCAAGCACAAGUCCUAUAAAUAGUGGUCAAUUGUCAGCUUGUCAAAAGAUGCAGCAUGCCUCUGGAUUUGAGUCACACCCAGUGAAGCAAUAAGCUCUGCCAGAGCUAAAAAUAACACACUAUCUCAACUGAUAAACUAGUCUGUAAGUGGGUGAUACAACUGGGAAAGGGUACACUACUCUGUUCAAGACUGUUCUGUUCCAGUUGAACAGAACAAAGCAGCAGCUUUAUCAACAUUGUUUCAGCAAUGGAAGGAGUAGUUAUACGGCAUUGGGUGGAAACUCCAGCACGUUAUCAGGAGCAUUUUGCUGAUCAAGAUUUGGAUGCGUGCAAACUAAACCACUCUCUGUAUGCCUUGCCAGGCCCAGCCACAGCCACUCAGACAAAGAAUAUACAUACAGUCAAGAGUACUGCUGAAACAGAGCAGAACCAUACAGAUGAAGAAAAGCCUAAAUUUCAAGUGUUACUAGAUGUUGUGCAGUUCCGUCCUGAAGAUGUUAUCAUUCAAACCUUUGAAGGCUGGCUCCUGAUCAAAGCUCAGCAUGGACCCAGGAUGGAUGAACAUGGCUUUAUAGCCAGAAGCUUUACUAGACAAUACAAAUUGCCAGACAGAGUUGAAACAAAAGAUCUGAAUGCUCUUUUCUGUCAUGAUGGCAUUUUGGUUAUUGAAACUAAGACCCUGAGCAAGAAAUGAAUUAUAGACUUUUUGUUACUGGUGAGACAAUAUUGUUCCUACUAUAGCUUAAGCAUUUAUGUACUGUGGUGCUCUGCAUGCAGAACUGCAUUUACAAUGAAGAUAAAGACAAGCCUUUGCAUAUUUUACCCAGUGUGAUUGUUUGAUGUGAAAGACAGUAUUUGCUCCCAACAGCUGCUGAUGUACGGACAUUCAUAACAAGGCUCUCUGACAGAACAGCAUGAAGGCUGGAAAAGAUGUACAAGAUGGAUGCAAAAGAAGGUGUAAAGGGAAGGUUUUACUAAAGAAGAGCAGAAACAGGAAGCUGCAUUUGGAAUCUUAAGGCACUUGUAUUCAAGAGGCAAAAGAUUUAAGCCUAGAGCAUACUUUUUAUUGAAAUAGGAUUUUCAUGCUGGAAACUGCUGCAUUAUUAGCACUGUUGCCAUGAUCCGAAGAAGUAAUUUGUGUAUAAGUAAACCAACCAGACAGGUGGACCUCUCUUUAAAGUUUGCCCUAUAGCAACUAUAACAACUCCUACUCCUGAAGAGGUAAAUCAAUUUCUAAACCGAACAAUGACUUCUCAGUCCCAGAUAUAUUAAUAUACUGUAUUGAACAAUUGAUGUUUGAAAAGUGUUUUUUUUCUCCAGCAAAGAUUUGUUAUAUAUGAUCUUCUAAAUACUUCAACAUUCUGCUUUGGGGAGAACAGCAGCUGUCUGCUGCACACUGCAUUGACAUUUUCCUCUGGCUAUCCACUACAACUGCAAGAUCAAGUGCCAGCAGAAGCAAAAAGAAAUAGCAGUAGUGCGGAGGAGCAUGUGAAGUUUUGAGUUCCCUGCCUCUGUAUCCAAUACAUGCAGUAUCACCAGGAUAGAGCCAUUUCUUUACACAAAGAACUGAAAGUUACAAGUUACAAGGAUAACUAUAGCUAUUUCUCAAAAUCAAGACUUUCAUGUUCAGCUGAACCCCAAAAUCCAAGUUCUAUUCAUAUGUAUAUAAGAUAAAAAAAUUACUGGUGAUCAAAUAUAUUUCAGCAUUCAUUUUCGCUAAUUGCUGAAAGACCACGUUUUACAGUAUAUAUCUUCUCUGCUUUUAGCCUGGUAGCUUGAUUUUAAUCUAAAACGUUUGUUGCCCCCUAGUGGCAUUACGUACAUUAGUUUCUUAAGUUCUGUAUGAAAUACUGAUACAAUUAGAGCUAAAUAAAAUAAUCUAAAAUAAAGAAAGCCUAUUCAUAAUAUACUGAAAGUAUACUUUGUUUCUCCUGGAAGUUUAAAUCAUGCUCUUUUUAAGUAGCACUACUUCCUUUGAAUUCAUCUAGUCCAGGGAUGAGGAGCUGUUUUAUACUUGUUUGAUGCCAAAUCCCACAGAGAACACAGCAAGGGUCGGGGUGAGCAGCAAGGCUAAGCACCCAAACUACAGAUAGCUCAGAGUAAGCAACUCAUUCCAACAAGGGUUGGAAGUAGCCUGAGGCCCUUGUAUCCAGACUACUUCCUCCAGACUCCACCACCUUGUAGAGAACUCCAGAGCUUUAAUGGCCAAUCCUUUUGCAUGAAGACAGGCAAUAUCCCUGUGUAUCAGAGCCUUUCUCCUGGUGCACUCCCUAAACUGGUGGACUGGUGAUAUGUGGUAGGAGUCAUCUGUCUUUUCAGGGGAAGGUGCCUGUGCGGGGCUGGGCUCUAGCCCUAUAGGUCCCAGUGAUCUGGGAUCUGGGAGGUUUUUCUGGGGGCUGCUUUCCAACAGUUUCAGAUGCAAUGGUCUCAUUAUCUUCAGCUCUGGCUCUGACCUUGAUAUGGUUCCCCAUCUAGUGCCCCUGCAGCCUCCAAUUCUAUGCCCAGAUCACUGAUAGAGUCAGACAGGAGCUCCAGCUCCAGCUCCAGCUCCGUAAAAAUGGACACUGGUUGCACAAGAGUCACGGUUUCCCCAACUGAUCUAGUCCAACACACACACACACACACACACACAACCCAUCUAUCACAGUAGCCUAUCACAAUAUAUUGACAAUCAACAACAUAUUACCCUAUCACUAAAUUAAAGUAUUUUUGAUAAAAUAUUUGAUUCCAUUAAUUCAGAGGUAUAGCAGAUUGGUAGUAGCUAUCUGGUGACUUGGGAGCCACACACGAUUUUUGGGUUGUUCAUUUCUCUUCCAGUUCCAAGCGGGUAAAUAAAGUGAUGUUUCAAGCCAACAACUUAUCCUUGUUUUUCCUAUACCCCUAGCAACAUGCUAGAUGUGGAGAAAACAUGGGGGAAGGUAACAGUAGUACCGGUAGCAAAGACUGUAGCACACAAGUGUAGCUAGUGGCUACAAACCUAGGGCCAUCCUGUGUAAGAGAAAGAAUGAAUCAUACUGUCUCGGCUCAGGAGCAUUAUUGUUACUGUAUUUUUGCUGUCAAGGAGGGGAAGAGAUGCUUAUUGGAUUUUCUGCCUCAGGUCCCCAAAUAACUAACCUGGCUUGGAUGCUCUGUUCCUUGAUUUGGUGGGAGGCAGGGGUGGGGGGUACCAUUUACUACUUUUCUUCAGGCAGUAAAAUGUAUUUGGCCAGUCCUGGAGAAGAGGAUAUUUAGCCCUUUGCCCCUGCCAUGGUCCUGUGUGGCAACAGCGGGAGUUUUCCUCUCAUUAUAAACAGGUUUCUUUGGGAGGGAGGGGAGCUCCAAUUUUUUAUUAAGGCACAAGUGAUGAGUUAAAAUCCCACUUCCAUGCUGGUUUAUCACCAGCUGCCGCCUCCAAGUUAUUUAUUAUCUACACAAGAACUAAAAAUGUGAAUAACAUAAAGUUUAGUUCCACCCUGAGCAAUGAACGUACAAAUCUGAAUUCACCCUGAGUCUGGCUUCCACGACUAAAUGUCUAUUUCAUCUGCUCACUAAGGCCUUGACACCUCGUCGGGAACAUCCAUUAAAAACAUUUCUUUUGUGUUUUGUAUAAAAGAAAUAGGUUUAAAUAUCUCACUGCUAACCAAAAAUUGAAUCAAUAUUUUAUGGUAUCGUCUUGUUAACAGUCCUGCUACUUUGGAAGCCCAGGGGGGAAUGCCAGAACACUACCACCCAGACAGAAGAGGGAGUUAUCAGCAGACUUGCUGGAACCCAUGAUUUGCAGAAAUGCACAAAACUUUGGGGGAAAGGGAAAACAAAAAAAAUCCCAGUCCGGAAUGAGCAUGUUCAAUGGAAUGGUGGGUGGGGGAGAGAAAAACAAGUGGGAAGGGAAAUGGAGUGCAACAGCCUAGAAAAGAGCAUGGUUAACUGAACAGAAGUACUCCACGGUGCAACAUUUUGUUGCAGGUCCCACUUGUACCUUUUUUGUUGUUGUUGCACUGACCUUUGCCUUCCCUCACCUAUUGUACCUACCUUUUAUCACCUCUUACUCAUUACAUGGUGUUUUAAAAUGAACUCUGCAGAAGAUGGACAAUGUCCUUUGCUCCGCAAAUCACCUAGCAAUAUGUUAAGUAUUUAUCAGAACUACAUUCCACUGAUUUCAAUGCCAUAGUUCUAAGUAUGAAGGUUUAGAGUUGCAGCUUAAAGAUUUUAUUUUAAACAGAAGGGAUAUAUCACGUUGAUUUUAACACUUCGAACUUU